GACCCUACACUGUCACACCACGCACAUUACACGUACAUUCUCUCUCUAAUUAUCAAUCCCCCGAACGUCGUAUAACCGUCGUCGUUUCAUCCUUUCUUUCUCGACAACGUCGGUCCCAAUUUCAUUGUUGGAAUAAUACUUUAAUCCAUAAACAGAUCUAAUUUCUUCCAUUUUUAUCUCUAGUUGUUCGCAGUGUUUGGUUUCGUUUUUCGUCCGACUUCUGGUGUAAAUCUUUGUUAACAGUCUAGUUUGUGAAGUUAGAGAGUUUUAUUUGAAGCUAUGGUGAAGGAAACUGAAUAUUAUGACAUAUUGGGAGUCAAUGUGGAUGCAACUGCAGCAGAGAUUAAGAAGGCUUACUACGUCAAGGCAAGGCUAGUUCACCCGGAUAAAAAUCCUGGAGAUCCAAAAGCUGCCCACAAUUUCCAGGUUCUUGCGGAGGCUUAUCAAGUUCUAGGUGACCCUGAGAAGCGUGAAGCAUAUGACAAAAAUGGAAAGGCUGGAGUAUCACAGGACUCGAUGGUGGACCCUGCAGCUGUAUUUGGAAUGGUGUUUGGGAGUGAAUAUUUUGAGGAUUAUAUUGGGCAACUUGCAUUGGCUACUUUAGCAUCUCUUGAGGUUGAAGAAGAGUCGCAGGUUCCUGAAGUCCGGAAGCAAAGAGUUCAGGAGAAGAUUAAGGCAUUACAAAAGGAAAGGGAGGAAAAGCUCAUAACAAAUCUAAAAAAUCGCCUUCAGCCAUUUGUUGGAGGUCGACCUGAUGAGUUUGUGGGGUGGGCAAAAUUAGAAGCCCGCCGUCUUUCAUCUGCUGCUUUUGGCGAGGCUAUGCUACACACUAUUGGUUAUAUCUACACAAGGCAAGCUGCAAGAGAAAUUGGAAAGGACAAACGAUAUAUGAAGGUACCAUUUUUAGCAGAAUGGGUUCGAGAUAAAGGACACCAGAUAAAAUCGCAAGUUAUGGCAGCUUCAGGUGCUGUGAAUUUAAUUCAGUUGCAGGAGGAUCUGAAGAAGGUGAAUCAAGGAGAAAACAGAGAAGAACGCUUAAUCAAAGCCUUUGAAGAUAAAAGAGAUGCAAUGAUUAAUUCCCUUUGGCAGAUCAAUGUGGUUGAUAUUGAGUCGACUUUAUCACAUGUCUGCCAAGCAGUUCUCAAAGACCCUACUGUUUCUAAGGAUGUUCUCAAGCAACGGGCCAAAGGGAUGAAAAAGCUCGGAACAAUUUUCCAAGGUGCGAAGUCUAUAUAUAGCAGAGAGAACAGUCUACGCUGUGAAAGUCCGAUUUUGGAUUGCUGAUACAUCAUCCAAGUUGCUCAGAUCUAAUGUCUACCUCAGUUGCUCUGGUGUAUAUGUGUAUGCAUUGAUGGCAGAUGGUUUUAGAUCAACUGAUCGACACUAAAUAUAAUUAGUCUGGGGAAAAUGUGUGCACUUAUAACUGUAUUGUGUCAGGUUUGGCCCGACACAUCCAACCAUUAUAGUAUUGGUUUCAACCUUUAAUCAUGUUGUUUAUUACUUAUAGUUUUUAGUACUCAAUUAUUAGAUGAAGUAUCUAUUGCAGUUCAUUCUUUUUGUUUA